AGGCAAACUAUAAAACUGGCUCGGAGAGGCGAGUCGGACUCGGAGACUUUAUUUGGCUUCGAGAGGAGGUGGCUGUCGGUUUCGAUCUUGCUCUCCGGUUCCGAGAGUGUGCAUUUGCGAUCAUGGUGAUGACACUGGGCUAUUGGGACAUCCGCGGGCUGGCUCAUCCAAUCCGCUUGCUCUUGGAAUAUACCGGGACAGCUUAUGAAGAGAAGCUCUAUUCCUGUGGAGAUGCUCCAAAUUACGACAAGAGCACCUGGCUUAAUGUAAAGACGAAGCUCGGACUUGACUUCCCGAACCUUCCUUAUUUGAUCGAUGGAGAAACAAAGAUCACGCAGAGUAACGCCAUCCUGCGGUACAUUGCGAGGAAACACAAUCUUGUUGGUGAGACUGACGCAGAGAAAGUUCGUGUCGAUCUGAUGGAAAACCAAGCGAUGGAUUUCCGCAUGGCUAUUGUUCGAUUGUGUUACAACCCUGACUAUGAAAAACUGAAGCCUGAUUACUUGAAGAAUCUGCCAGAUGUAUUGAAGCAGUUCUCCGAUUUCCUGGGGGAAAGGUCAUGGUUUGCAGGUGACAAGAUCACUUUUGUGGAUUUUGUGAUGUACGAUCUCCUUGAUGAACAUCGUGUGUUUGAAUCCAAGUGCUUGGAUGACCAUAAGAACUUGAAGGAAUUUAUCUCCCGCUUUGAGGCUUUGGAGAAAGUUGCAGCCUAUAUGAAAUCUGACCGCUAUAUGAAAGGCCCAUUCAAUAACAAGAUGGCCUUGUGGGGCAACAAGUAGAGAAAGAUCUUGGACUUUCUACCAGAUCCUUAAAAUGUACAUGAGCUUUUCAGCUCCAAUAAAGAAUGAAAUGAGAUGGUAAAA